AUGCAGCUUGAGUGUUUAGAACUAGCAGGGUGCUCUCUUGACCGGUAUAUUACUUGUGACAAUUCCCGCCCUUCGUUUUUAGAGAUAACUGGUAUAGCAGCACAAGGAACGCCAACAUGCAGUGGUCUCAAUACUGGCGAUUACAGAAAUCUUGCAGCAUUGCUCAAUCAUUCUACUUUAUCGCAAUUAAAGAUCCUUAAUAAAGUUCCACUUCCACCUGAAAUAAUGGAACACUUUGCUCAUAUGCAAUGCCACUGUUUAAUGGGUGUCUUUCCAGAAAUAAGUAGGGUAUGGCUAGCAAUAGAUAGUAAUAUUUAUGUGUGGGCAUUUGAACAUGGAAGUGACGUUGCAUAUUUUGAUGGGUUGGGUGAAACAAUAGUCAGCGUGGGAUUAGUUAAGCCAAAAUCAGGUGUUUUCCAGAGCUUUGUCAAGUACCUUCUAGUGUUAACCACAACAGUUGAAAUUGUUGUUUUAGGUGUCACCUUUUCAAGUAGUAAACAAGAUGGAUUAUCUGAAUUGGAAGAAAUACAUUUAGUUCCUGAACCAGUUUUUGUUUUACCAACUGAUGGAAUUUCAAUGUUAUGUGUAAAAUCAACUAGUAAAGGUAGAAUUUUUAUGGGUGGAAAAGACGGUUGCUUAUAUGAAAUUACUUAUCAGGCACAACUAGGGUGGUUUGGAAAGCAUUGUAAAAAAAUAAACCAUUCAACCAGUGCGCUUUCAUUUCUGGUGCCGUCAUUCUUAAAUGCUGCAUUGUAUGAUGAAGAUGCUAUUGUUAAAAUUGAAGUUGAUAAUUCCCGACACAUAUUGUAUACACUUAGUGAGAAGGGAUGUAUAGAGGUUUUUGAUCUUGGUGAAGAUGGAGAAGGCAUAAGUAAAGUUACAAGAUUCACACAAAACAGAAUUGUUUCUACAGCGUUAGACAUAGUAAAAACAGUAGAAGCAAAUAAUUUUAAACCUGUCAUUGCUAUAUCAGCUGUGGAGGAAUCAGAAUCGGAACAUUUAAAUUUUGUGGCCAUAACGCAAACUGGUGCUAGAUUAUACUUCAGCACUGGUUGCAGAGAUGUAAAUCAAGGAGGAUCAGCCAGACCACAGGACCUUAUUUUGCUUCAUGUGAGACUUCCACCUGGAUUCACACCAAACGCAUCAGUGCUUAAACCAAGACAAGUACAUAAUGCUGUUUAUGAUAAUGGUACCCUUGUAAUGGUGUGUUCUACUGGCGGUGGUGAUGCAGAAACCCUAUGGUGUAUGUCUAGAGCAUUGGGUGGUGUUGCCUUUAGUGAGGCACACUCUCUUUUGCCACUUGAUGGACCAGUUUGGGCACUGACUGCAUUGCCCAUGAUUCAAGCGGCACAUCUUUCACCAGCAUUACUAGCUAAAAAAGACCCAUGGUCAGGUUCCCGUUGGGCGGUAGUGAGUGCGUGGGGCGCAGCGCUCAUAAGCGCGGGUGCUCCGCCCGACUUACUUCGCGCCUUAUUGAGGGAUUAUCGGGGUCCAGAUGCUCAAGCUGUUAAGGAUUUAUUUCAGUUGCAAGGCUACGACCAAGCUUGCGCUUGCGCAUUGUACUUAGCGUGUGAAGAGGCAGCAUCUGGGGAUCUAUCUAUCAGCGAAUGGGCGUCGCGUGCGUUUUUCAUCUACGGAAGUCAACCUACGCCCGCUGCAUUGAACCAGCACCAAAUUUCACAUGUACCUUCUAGCAUAGGUUCUCCAAAAUUUUCACCUCGCCAAGUAUCAACUCCGAUGUCAAGACCACAAGAUCAUAUCAGAGCUGGACAGAUUAAUCAGUCAUAUCAGCAAAUGCAGUUAAACCAAUCCCUCACUGGAAAUCAAACUAUGAGGCCACAGUCACCAUAUCAUCAGAAUAACAUGAUGAGUCCGACUCCGUUCAAUCAGUCUUCGUUUAUGGGCAAUGUGAGCCAGCAAAGAGAUAAUUAUCCAAUGCAAGUUGAAUAUAGUGCGAAACAUAAUGGCCUCUAUAUUUACGUAGGAAGGAUUUUAGCGCCUAUAUGGAACUUAAAGUGUGUCACUAAGUCACUAACGCCAGAUAAAAAGGAGUUUAUGUCAAGCAAAGUUACAGGCGAAGAUUGUGCGUUCAUAGUAAAGAAACUACAGCGGGUCGCCUCGUUCAUGCAACGGGUAGUUGCGCCCCCUCACUCGGAAGAGCAAAGUUCCAUUCAUGCGCUGAAAAUAUUUAUCACAAUGGCCAUAGAAAUGUUGAGCUUGUGGAAGGUUUUGUGCGAGCAUCAGUUCCACGUAAUAGCAGCGAGUCUUCCACCUGAACAACAACAACCAUUACAAGCAGCCAGUUUUCGGGAACUACUUGUGGGCGGACAAGAAGUCGCGUGUUUACUCUUAGGUUCGCUAGUAGCUGGCUACUUGCGAGAUAACGCGUCUGUGGAUGGUAUCUCACAAAAAUUGAGACAACUUUGUCCUACUCUCUACAGACAGGAAGACGCUACUUGUUCCAAGGCGAACGAGUUAUUAAUCUUUGCGAAACAGCAAAAAAAUUCAGCAGAAAAAGAUGAAAUGCUUCAACAAGCGCUUAAACUUUGCAAGGAUGUGGCGCCUAAUGUUAACUUGCCGCUAGUGUGUUCAAAGCUGUUAUCCGCUGGAUUCUGUUCCGGAAUCGUGGAACUAUGUAUCACCUGUGCAUCCAAGAUCGACCCGCAGGAUCGAGCUCUAUAUUAUUACAAGAGCGAUCAGCCGUCUCAAGAUCGGGAGGGCCAUUUACUCUACUACAAAAGAAUGGAGAUAUACCGUGAAGUUUGCACUGCACUAGAGCGGUUAUACGAGCGUAGCGCGGAAGCCAGUACGGAGUCAUCACCGCCGCGACCCAGAGCUCAAACCAGUGAUGCAUUGCUCACGAUGUCACCCGCUGAUGCCAACUAUCAGGGUAGAAAGUUAGUAGCGGAAUGUUUAUCCAGAGAAGAUGAACUCCUACAUGUUGCUAUUUAUGAAUGGUUGAUAUCCAAAAACUUGGGAUCAGAAUUAGUAACAGUAAGCGGUGUAGCGCCUGCGUCCCUUCGUACCUACCUCACUGCGGCAGCGCGACAAGCCACCGGCCGAACUGCACUCUUAUUACUGGAUUUGCUAUGGAAGGUGCUAGAACGCGCUGGUGAUCAUCUCGCGGCAGCUGAAGUUCUGGAGGGGCUUGCUACAAGGCCAGGUACGGGAGCAACGCUUGCGCAGCGUAUGUCGUGGUUAUCUGCGGGCGUGGUGUGCGUGCGAGGUGCGGGCGGGGCGGGUGGCGCUGGUGAAUUAGUGCGUCGGCUAGAGGAGGCCGCGGAAGUGGCUCGUGUCCAGGCGGCUGUUCGUGCUGCCGCCACUUCACCACCUCUACCGCCUGCACUAUUGCAGCGAUUAGACGACGAACUUCUUGAUAUAACACAGUUAUACGAAGAGUACGCUGACCGCUAUAAUCUCUGGGAGUGUAAGCUGGCGAUAGUGCAGUGCUCGGGGCACAAUGACGCGUUGCUCGUUGAGAACAUAUGGAGCAACAUAUUAGCCGAGACAGAGAACGCUGCGAGGGGAUUGCACUCGCCAGACGAGAAACUCUCUUCUGUUCUUAGCAAUUUGACUACUCUGGGCCGGGAAUACGUAAAUUCAGGGCACUGUUUCCCCCUAUAUUUCAUCGUUCGUCAGUUAGAGAUAAUGAGCUGCAAACUACAAGCUGAGAAAAGUAUCGUGUUUAAAACUAUCUUGAAUAUUGGUGUUUCCUUAGAACAAGUAUUGGACAUUUAUGUUAAGUUAGUAAGUGUGAACGAACGUGUAUGGUUGGGCUGCGGCGAGGAGAACCACGUGUGCGGCGUGGCUGUACUCCUGCUCCAGCACGCAAGGCUUGAUGUCGUUCAGCUCCCCCCCGCGCCGCGCCGCAGAGCCCUAGCAAGAUGCAAGGAUCUGCACGAAGCCGCUUUAUCCGCACUUCAGAGUCGACCGAACACCCAGAUUCUUAUAGACAAACUAACAGUAGCGCAAGCGCAUUUGGAUAGAAUGGACUAA